AUAUGGCUUCCGGGGUGAAACCAGCAGUUCGCGUACUGACCAAAGUUUGUGGCGCUAUGGCAGCUUAUUUUAUUAUGUGAACGAACCCAAAACAUUUUAGUCUGGAAUCGAAUCUUGUAAUCGUAUUGAAUUCUGUGGUCUUUGGACUGUAGUCCAGCCUACGGACUUUGUGUUAUAUGAAGUAGUCUGGUGCGUAACAUGGACAAACAGCACAUGACAGACGCGCUCCAGCUGUCCAUAGACGGCCGUAAAGAGCAGCUGCACACUUUGAGUCGGGACAUUUGGAGUCAUCCUGAACUCGCUUUUAAUGAGACAUACGCGCACGACAGGCUGGUCCGCUUCUUUACUCAGGAGGAGCAGGCAUGGACGGUCCAAAGUCACUACAAGCUGCCGACCGCAUUCCGUGCCAGCUGGGGGCCAGUCGGCGGCGGGCAUGGUGAUCCCGUGAUGAACGUGGCGUUCCUGUGCGAGUACGACGCGCUGCCGAGAAUCGGGCACGCCUGCGGGCACAAUCUGAUCGCUGAGGUUGGAGCUGCGGCCGCUGUGGGGCUGAAAGCUGCUUUAGAAAACCAAAGGGAACUACCUGUCCCUGUGAAGAUAACGGUUCUGGGGACUCCUGCGGAAGAGGAUGGAGGAGGAAAGGUUGACCUGAUCAAUGCGGGGGCAUUCUCUGACGNNNUCUACAUAUUUUUAGACAGACCUUAACCCUUUGUGUUGCUGUUACACAGCCUGAUAGUGAAGUACCACGGGAAGGCAUCUCAUGCCGCUGCAUACCCCUGGGAGGGAGUGAAUGCCCUGGAUGCUGCGGUGCUGGCCUAUAACAACAUCUCGGCUCUGAGACAGCAACUCAAACCAGAGUGGAGGCUUCAUGGCAUCAUCAAAGAUGGAGGGGUGAAGCCCAACAUUAUCCCUGCCUACUCUGAGUUACACUUUUAUCUACGCACGCCGCUGUUUAAGGAUCUUUGUGACCUGAAGGCCAAAGCUGAGGCUUGCUUCAAGGCAGCUGCUGUGGCAACUGGCUGCCAAGUGGAGAUAACCUACCCAAGCCAUGCUUGCCAUGAGAUUGUGCCUAAUGCCACACUGGAAAACCUGUAUGAAAGUAAUGGAAAGGCGUUAGGCAUUCAGUUUCCAGAGCAUCCAGUCAAAGUCUCUGCUUCCACAGAUUUUGGCAACGUAUCAGUUUUAGUCCCUGGUAUCCAUUCUUUCUUCUACAUUGGCACCAAAGCGUUGAACCACACAGAGGAAUACACCAAAGCAGCAGGAGCUGAAGAGGCCCAGUUGUACACCCUGAGGACAGCCAAAGCCCUGGCUAUGACAGCUGUGGACGUAGUGUGCUGCCCUGAUCUCCUAAGGCAAGUGAGAGAGGACUUCAGCCAGGCCAAACUGAAACAGGAGAAAUGAACUUGUACAGAAUGUAAUUUCCACUCCAAGUUAUAUGUCCUACCUGGCCUGAUUGGGAUUGGUUUGUAUUUUGCAUUGUUUACCAGUCAUCUCAUCAACUCAUUUAGAUUUCUGUGCAUGUUUUUGGCAGCACAGUUCAAAACCCAGCAGAGGACUGAUGUGGUGGAAAAUCAAAUUCUGGUCAUCUUUUUUGAUGCUUUAUUCUUUUCAUGUUUUUCUGCUGCAGCGAUGCUUUUAUUCAGGCUUACUGUAGGAUGACAGUGCACAGAGUUCACACCCUAUGGGACAUUAGUUGGACAAAACACACAUUAACACAUUUAUUAUUACAUGUAAUUGAUAAAUAUAUUUAUAAUCUUUACAUCAUAUAUAAGCAGUAACACCAUUAAGUGCUCCCAUGUGACCAGUUAAUGUUAUUAUACAUUUCCAGUUUAUAUGAUUUUGUAUGAAUGUUCAACAGCAAUGAGACCUGUGCCAGAAAGAGAAGAGAACUGGUGGCAGUCCAGUGUCUAAUAACUGUGAAAGCUUAUCCCCCAGCACAGUUUAAAUAAAGGAAAUGGCACAAAGA